CGAUUAUCUGGAAUGAGAUUGUGUUGGCACCAAAAAAGGUAUAUGAGCGAUCAAAAUAUUUUUGGCUCUAGUUGACAAACCUGCACUAUUUGCAUUUCGCUUAUUGCAUUUAUUUUAUUUUAUUCCCAAUAAUUCUGUAAAAAUGAACGAUUCCGAACUUGAGGCGCUCAGGGCCCGCCGCAUGGCCGAGCUUCAGUCCCAGAAUGGCGGUGCCAACGCAGGUGUGGGUGCAAAUGCGGGUGCAGAUGCAGGCGCAGAAAGUGCUGCCAAAAGCCAGCAGGAGGAGGCCCGCAGCAGCAUGCUGUCUCAGGCACUCGACAACAACGCGCGCGAGCGGCUGGGACGCAUAGCCAUAGUGAAGGCUGACCGGGCACGGGCCAUUGAGGACAUGAUUCUGCGCAUGAUUCGCAUGGGUCAGAUCCGCAAGAAGAUUACUGAGGAUGAGUUGAAGGAGAUGCUCGAGGAGAUUAACGGGCAGCACCACCAGGAGACCAGGAUUGUUUACAACAGGAAAGGAUUUGAGGACGACGAUGACGAGGAAGAGUACGACUUUUGACGGCGCAGCUAAUGUUUUCAGUGCAUGUUAUAAUAAAAUAAAUUGGUGUGUAUUUUAAAA